AUGUACUAGACAUUAAACAAGCAAAUACACCACACUGCAAAGACUCUUGGAAGUGCAACGCCCAGAAAACCUGUCUUAUCUGUCAGUGCAAGGAAAAUUAAGGACAAUGCAGCCGAUUGGCAUAAUUUAAUCCUGAAAUGGGAAACCCUCAAUGAUGGAGGUUUUGCUACUGCAAAUAAUAUUGCCAACCUGAAAAUCAGUUUAUUGAGCAAAGACACGAUAGGAUUAGAGAGCAGCAGCCUGGCUUCUGAUGAAAAUGCAGAAAAGGAGCACCCAGAAUACAGCAGGGAGCUCGAGAUGCUGUGCGAGGGGCUGCAGACCACCCUGGAUGCUUUGACCAAAAUACAGAUGAAAAUGGAAAAGCUGUCUUCCACUACCAAGGGGAUUUGUGAACUAGAAGAUUACCAUUACGGGGAGGAGAGAAAACGGCCACCCCUGUUCCACACGUGGCCCACAGCCUAUUUUUACGAGGUCUCCCGCAAGCUCUCUGACAUGUAUGGCCGGGAGCUCCGCGUGAAGCGCACCGUCGUGGAGCAGCUGGCGCACACGGCCGACCGUGACCUGGCCCUGAGCUACCUGUCCAUGUGGCUGCACCAGCCCUAUGUGGAGGGCGACAGCAGGCUGCUUCUGGAAAGCAUGCUGCUUGAAACCGGGCACCGAGCGCUGUGA